CGCCUCCAGGACGCGUAAGCUUCGGGUUGGAUAGACUGUGAGUGGAGGAGAGAGAAAGAGGGAGGGGUCAAAUUCCCAAGAAAACGUUUACUCAGAGACCACAGCCAAACGCCGGAAAGGCUUCUAAAUCAAAAAGAGAACGAGCGGUUGAUGAGACGAUAAUAAUUCAUGGCAGCAGCACCAGGAAUCAUCAGAUCCUCACUUAACCCGAAUGCACCUCCCUUCAUCCCCUCCUCCUUUCAGCGGGUGGAGGACUUCUCUCCGGAGUGGUGGGAGCUCGUGAAAUCAUCGACGUGGUUCCGAGACUACUGGGUGGAUCAGCACCAGGAGAUCGUCGAUGGUGUUAGCAAUGCCGGAGAGGAAGAUGACAUUGUGGCUCUUCUGCCGGAAACCUUCGAGCUAGAGGAAUUUCCCGAUCUUCUCGAUGAAGGGGUAUUCUUUCAGCCUGAGCAGCCGAAGCAUCUGAUGAGCAAUCAAAAUGGCGAUCUUAAUCAAGAGAAAUUACGACUGGACAUAGCAGAGAGCCUGGGUUUGAAAUCGCCAGGAGGCGGGACGUGGGAGCAGCGGGCCAAGUACUGGGAGAAACCACCGCAGACCGUCAGCCCCAGGACCCCCAACCGUAGGAUCAUUCAGCAGCCGCGAUGAUCAUCUUCACAAGAAAGAAGGGGACACUGCCGUGAGAACUCUCUUGAGUUUUGUCUGCAACUCGCUCUCCCUUCCUUUCCCCUCCUUUUGUUUAUUUCCUGUAAAGGGAUGCUUAAAUAUCUGAAGUUGGUCACAUGUCUCCUGGCAGCGAUCUCUGUUAAGUAAAUUUCGGUGAAUAUUAUCUUUC